AUGGAGGCGCAGUUAAGAUUAUUGGAAGACAUUAAAUGUCGUAUUCAUAAGGGACUUAUUAAUUUCAAAAAGUCUCCAAAAGAGAGGGUAAAUCAAGCAUAUGUAGAAUCUCGAUUGGAAAUUUUGGAUAAACAAUUCGAAGAUUUCACAAGAAAACAUGAAGAUCUUUUAAUGAAAUACACUGAAGCGGAUUUAAACUCAACAAGUUAUAUCAAAAAUGACGUGUUUGAAACGGUCACGGAUAUUUUUAUAACUUAUAAGGUAGAAUUAAAAAAUGCUUUAUCUAAUAGUUUACAGUCAUGUAAUAAAAGUGAGGCUUCACCAGAUAACGAUACGAAAACAAAAUCGAUUGCUAAAUUACCUAAAAUAGCCAUUCCCAUUUUUAGCGGUAAAUAUCAAGAGUGGUCAACAUUUAGGGAUUUGUUUUUGUCAUUAAUUGAUGGUAAUGAAACUCUUGAUGAUGUACAACGACUACACUAUUUAAGAUCUCAGUUGUCAGGUGAAGCCGCACAGCUCAUAAAGCACAUUCCUAUUACGCAUGCAAACUAUAAAAAAUGUUGGUCCCUAUUAAAUAGCCGUUACAACAAUAAAAGGUUCUUGGCGAAUUGCAUUCUCAAGCGUCUACUUAACCAAAAACAAAUGACCAUUGAGUCAUCUAUAACUCUCAAGCAACUUUUAGACACAACAACCGAUUGCUUACACGAGUUAUCAAAUCUAGGGGUUCAAGUGGACGCUUGGGAUAUUAUUGUUAUUUAUUUGAUUGGCUCCAAGUUGGACGUUGAGACUAGGAAGCAGUGGGAACUCCAGGUUAGUCAAUCUUGCGAUGAACUUCCUAGCUUCAAAACUUUUCGGGACUUCUUGGAAAAACGUUUUCGAGCUCUUGAAUUUUUAGAACCACAGAGUAGCAAGUCCAGUAGCAGUACUAAAGCAUUGCAUGUAGUUUCAAAAAUAUCCUGUCCACUUUGUUCUGAAGAGCAUCUCUUGUGUCGUUGUAAGAGGUUUAUUCAGAAAUCAGUCGAUCAGCGUCGUCAGAUAGCUAAAAAUCACGGUUUGUGUUUUAAUUGCCUUCGCUCAAGUCACUUGAAUAUUAAUUGUCGGAUGAAUAUUAAAUGUAAAACUUGUAACAGGAAGCAUCACACUCUUUUGCACAAAAAAUUCGAUCCUAGUGCGGAGGUGGACUCUUCCGCACCCCUCACCAGUGCUAAUAAGGAACCACCACAGAACGAGUCCAAGGCUGAACCUCAUAUUUCAACCCAUUUCGCGAAAAAUGUACAUAGUCAGGUUUUACUAGCUACCGCCGUUGUUAAGGCUAGGUCGAGAAAUGGGUAUUCUCAAGUUUUGAGAGCCUUAUUAGACCAAGGCUCUCAAGCUUCCUUUAUAACAGAAUCUGCAGUUCAGUUAUUGAAGUUAAAAAAAAUAGCCGUUAAAACUACUAUUUCAGGAUUGGGGGGAGGUCAUAGCGACCUGACUUCAAAAUACAUGGUUCAAGUUAACAUUCAAUCUUUGAUUGAUUCUAACUUCAAUUUUCAAAUAAAAGCUUAUGUGCUGAGUAGGGUAACUUCUAUUUUACCAGAAAGGAAGUUUACAUUGGUGGAUUGGCCAGAACUUCAUAGUGUUGAGUUGGCUGAUCCAAAUUUUAAUAAGCCCAGCAAAAUUGAUAUUUUGCUAGGUUCAGAAGCCUAUACUAAAAUUUUAAAAGAAGGCUUAAUUAAGGACCCAAGAGGUAAAACAAUGGCUCAAGAUACUUACCUUGGUUGGAUAGUGUCUGGAGAAGUUGAGGAUGAAGGGCAGUCGCAUCAUAAGUUAACUAUUAGCAUGCAUGCAAAGGUCGAAACAGAUCAAAUCCUAAAAAGAUUUUGGGAGUUAGAGGCAGAGCCAACAAACUCUGAAUCAUCAAUACUUAGUCUUGAAGAACAAGCAUGCGAAGAUUACUUCGCUGCCACAACGCGCAGGGAUGAAAAUGGUCGCUACAUUGUAAAGCUGCCAUUUCGGUCAAGUAAGACACCCUGUAACACAAAAGAAAUAGCAUUAAAAAGAUUGUAUAGUCUUGAACGGAAGCUAUCUAAAAAUAGUGAGCUUAAAUCCCAAUAUACAUCAGUAAUUAAUGAUUAUUUAUCACAAGGUCAUAUGGAAGAAAUUACCAAUGAAAUAGAAAAGAAUAAAAUUGGCGCUGUUUACUUACCGCAUCAUGGUGUAAUCCGCGAAAAUAAGUCGACCACAAAAUUAAGGGUGGUAUUUGACGCGUCAGCUAAAGGAUCCGAUGGUGUUGCUUUGAACGACACAUUAAUGGUUGGACCACCCUUACAAGCUGACUUACGCCAUACUGUUAUGCGAUGGCGACUACACCCGAUAUGUCUAGUAGCCGAUAUCAUAAAAAUGUAUCGGCAAGUGAAGGUGGCUGGUGAUCACGUAGACUAUCAAAGGAUUUUAUGGCGAGAAGACGUUCAUGCUAACGUAAAGGAAUAUAGGCUUUUGAGAGUUACAUUUGGAAUAUCUAGCGCACCUUACCUGGCAGUGAAGGCAUUGCAGCAAACUGCUUGCGAUGAAGGCGAAUCAUAUCCAUAUGCUGCUAGUAGAAUCAUGACAGACUUUUAUAUGGAUGAUCUCAUGACGGGUUGCCAGACUGAAGAAGAAGCUGUAAAAAUCUAUCACGAGUUUAAUGAGCUUUUAAAUAAAACCGGUUUCACUUUACAGAAAUGGACAAGUAACCGAGAAGAACUACUUAAACAAAUAGAACUGGAUACUGGAAGAAAUCUAGAAAUAAAAGAAGAUGAAACUACAAGAAUUUUAGGACUUACCUGGAACCGUAAUUCUGAUGAAUUCCAUUACACUGUAAACUUACCUUUUUCAACACCGUCGUCAUCGGCAUCUGAAACUAAAAGAAGUGUCAUAUCAGAGAUAUCACGUUUAUAUGACCCAUUAGGUUGGAUCGCACCAUGUAUAAUUACCGCAAAGAUCUUCAUCCAAAAACUAUGGAUCAGUGGUUUAGAUUGGGAUGACGAACUAUCUGCAGAGCUUCUGGCUGAAUGGCAGUUUUACCGUUGCGAGUUACAAAAACUCAAUGGAUUUAGGAUUCCGAGAUGGCUGCAAAGAAAAAACAAUGAUCUAAAUGUGGAAUUACAUGGUUUCUCUGAUGCAUCAAGUGUGGCGUACGCCGCGGUUGUUUACAUGAGAGUUAUCAAUAGUGAAGGCCAAAUAAACUGCAAUCUGGUAACUGCAAAAACAAAGGUGGCUCCCAUAAAACAGGUUUCAAUUCCAAGACUGGAGUUAUGUGGAGCAGUUUUAGUUACCAAAUUACUGUUAGAAGUAGCUCGAGUUUUGAAUGUUCAAAAAUCAGACUUACAUGCAUGGACGGAUUCAACAGUUGUGCUAGCAUGGUUGAGCGAUCAUCCGAGUCGGUGGAAAACCUUCGUUGCAAAUCGGACAUCUGAAAUCCUUACUGCCCUCGACUCCACUCAAUGGCAUUAUGUGGACACAAAAAAUAAUCCCGCAGAUAUUGCUUCGAGGGGAACAACACCCACAUCUUUAUUAAAUGAUUCGCUUUGGAAACACGGACCACCGUGGUUGCUAGCUGACACCAUAGCAUAUUGCAGACCUAAAGCUAUAAUGACCAAACUGGAACAAAGAUCUGUCAAGGUUCAUGUGGCAGAGAUAACCGACAAUUCGAUCGAAUUGAUAUGGUCCAGAUUUUCAUCUUUCCGUAAGUUAACCAGGACGUUAGCCUAUUGCAGACGAUUUUUGAAUUUAAAGGUGGCUAAAGCAUUACGGACACAGUUACCGCCUUACCUAACAGCUUCUGAAAUUGCAGAUACCAUCCAUCGCUGUCUCAUGCUCUGCCAAAUAGUGUGGUUUGAGACAGAAAUAGAGGCAAUACGAACUGGUAAAACUGUUAGCAAGAACAGCGGUUUGAUUUCUUUGAAUCCUUAUUUGGAUGAUAGGGGCCUCAUGAGAGUGGGAGGAAGAAUCCAAAAUUCUCAGUUAGAUGACAAUAUGAAGCACCCUAUCAUUGUUCCUUAUCAGUCUCAUUUGACGAAACUGCUCAUAUCGGACGCUCAUCAACGCGUACUGCACGGCGGGCCACAAUUGACAUUAAAUUUCCUUCGGUCAAAAUAUUGGAUUGUGCGAGGUACGCAGUUGAUUAAAGCUCAUAUCCACAACUGUGUGCCAUGUAUUCGUCAUGCAGCUGUAACAAGAAAUCAACUGAUGGGGCAGUUGCCGUCAUGCAGGGUGACACCGAGUAAACCUUUUCUUCAUUCGGGCGUCGAUUAUGCGGGUCCAAUUCAAAUGAGAACAGCUAAGGGUCGCGGCCAUAAGUCCUACAAAGGAUAUAUAUGUCUUUUUGUUUGCAUGGCAACUCGUGCUGUGCACAUCGAAGCGGUGUCUGACUUGACAUCUGAAGGCUUUCUUUCAGCCUUUAAACGUUUUGUCGCCAGACGUGGUCACUGCAGUCAUCUUUACAGUGACAACGGCACCAACUUCGUUGGAGCUUCAAAGGAGCUUAAGGCAAUGUUUCACAAUGAAUGUGCUUCUCUUCCUCGAGAAAUAGCGGCUUUAUUGGCCAAUAAUGGAACAGAAUGGCAUUUCAUCCCGCCUCACUCUCCUAACUUCGGAGGUCUGUGGGAAGCUGGGAUAAAAAGUACAAAACAUCACCUUAGACGAGUUAUUGGUGAUUCUACUUUGACUUUUGAGGAGUUGAGUACAGUUUUGUCACAAAUUGAGGCAUGUCUGAACUCAAGACCUCUGUCACAGAAUAGUGCCAACUCGACAGAUCCAAACCCUUUGACACCAGGACAUUUCUUGGUCGGUCAGCCACUGGUGAUAGCACCAGACUAUAACUAUGAGCAUACGACAGUGAGUAGCUUGAGACGUUGGCAAUUGACACAAAGAAUGAUUCAGGCUUUUUGGAAACGUUGGUCUCAGGAGUAUUUAACUAUGUUCUUUCAACGACAUAAGUGGGCUAAACGUAUCCGCGAUCCAAAGGUUGGGGAUAUUGUGUUGGUAAAAGAAGACAAUUUACCCCCUGCCAAAUGGUUAUAUGGGAGAGUAAUUGAAGUACAACCUGGUAAAGAUAAUUUAGUUCGCGUAGUUACCCUGCAAUGUAAGGAUUCCCGAGUCAAACGUCCAACUUCGAAAUUGUGUAUCUUGCCUGUUAAUGAUGAAUGA